ACAGUCUUUGUGCAGAAAUUUCUAUUUCAAAAAAAUAAUUAUUAAUUUUUACAAUUUUAUAUAUAAGUAUAUAAGAUACGAAAUACAUUAGUCAUGCGAGGAAAAUUGAUGUUAAGAAAGUUUAUUUUUAUUAUAAAAUUAAGUCUAUUUCCAGCUUUAGCUUGGCCUCUGUCAAAAGACGUGACAAGAUUGAAAAAGAUUUGCGUGCAAUUAUAUCAUUAUUUAGGAAUUAUUUUGGCAAUAAGUGUCCAAGUAUCAUUGGUACAUAAUAUUGUAAAUCAUUUUGACGAUGUUGUACUUUUAGUAGUGUUAAUACUUUUUCUAAGCGGCGUUACUCACAGCCUUGCAAAUUUUAUCUUUCAUAGAAUUUAUAGUCAACGUAUACAAUAUGUCACGUUUGAAAUGAUACAUUUUUCUGAAUCGAUCCAACCACACGAAGAUGUGAUUAUUAAACAAUAUAUUGAUAGAUUCAUCGUUGUUUAUGGUAUGGAUGUGUUAUCGUUAUAUGUUAGUACGUUACUGGCCGUCAUUGCAGUACCGUUUUUAAUGGAUCAACCGUUUCCAAUGCCAAUUGAAUAUCCAUUUAAUGUGUACAAUCAGCCGCUAAGAACUAUUAUCUAUUUAUAUCACUCUGUGGUCGGAAUACAUGUAGCAGCGCAAACAAGUACCAAUAUUUUAAUGGGUCUUUUACUUUGGGUCAUAUCUGCAAGAUUGGAAAUAUUGGCCAAUGAACUGCGGAAAACUACAGAUAUUUACCAUUUGGUCAAAUGUAUUAAAAAGCAUCAAUACUUACUCAAGUGUGCAACUGAAAUUAGUUUUGCUGUUCGGCCUUUCGCAUUUACAACUAUAUGUUGUAGUACAAUUGUCACAAUAAUAGUCCUUUUAUUUCUUAGCACUGACAAUUUGACAAUGAUAUAUCAAUAUACUGGUUUAAUUAUAAGGACUUUGACAGAAAUAUUCAUGUAUACAUGGCCAGCAGAAAGUUUAAUUGAGACAAGUCAAGAUGUGGCAGAAACAGUUUUUCAAAUGCCUUGGUACAAUCAAUCAAUCAAAAUACGUAAAAUUCUACAAAUUAUUAUACAAAGAAGUCGAAAACCAAUAACAAUUUCAAUACCUUGUGUUAUGUCCGCAUUAUCUCUUAACUACUUCACAUCGUACUUUUCGACUAUAGUCUCUUAUUUCAAGAUGCUUCGAAUGUUUUUAAACGAUUAAAACUAAAAGUAAACAU